UAAAAAAAAGGAAUAAAUUGAAAAUUCAAAGGCUUGAAGGUGUCAUUAGCUAAUCAAUCAAGAACAAGGAAGUAUGGACAACACAUUGCUAUUUAAGGCAUCUACGAGGGCAAAGCAUUGGUCCCUGGCCUAGGUGAUUUAAUCUAUUAAGCAUUGAUCAUCUACAAUUAAAAAGAGUUGUGCAUCUAAUCCAUGCAUGCAUAAGUCAAUAACAUACAAUAUAAGAGCGGUUUCCAAGCAACAUAUGAUGCUAUUAUGCGCAAGACCAUGAUAACACAUUAUAGAUAGCAUGAAGUAUCAUAUGCAUAUCAUUAAAUCACUGUAAGUAAUAUAAAAACAUCAUAGAAUCCACAUCCAAAACAACAAAGGGAUUUAGCUAGCAGAGAGAGAGAUGAUAUCAUUAUCAACUAGGGCUGUAAACGGUAUAAAGGUUAUCAUAUUAAUCAUUUACCAAACCGGUAACCGGCGUUAUCGGUAUACGGUAGCCAGUUUUAGCCACACGGUAUACCGUUCUAUUUCUGGUAUGCCGAUUACCGAAACCCAACAACCCUACACCUACACGUUCCCUUCUUUCCCUGUCUCAUUGCCGCCCUCAAGCGAAUCCGUCCUCUCUCUUUCUCUCUCUCUCUGUCCUCUUCCCCAACUCUCUCCACAAACCUAAACCUAAAAAUCAAAAUCGAACACUCUCCACUCACCAAAGAGACGUGGCUCAUUGAAGCUUGCUCCACCGUCCGACGACUCCCAAAUCCCCAUCUUCGCUGACCGCUGAUCGAAGCUCGGCGACUCCCAAAUCCCCAUCUCCGCUGCCCGCUGAUUGAAGCUCGGUGACCACCAACCAACAUUCGCUGGCCGCUAAUCGAAGCUCGCGACCACCAACCAACCUCCGCUUGCUGCUAAUUGAAGUUCGCGACCAACGGAUCCCUAUCUCCGCUGGCCGCUGUCUUGAAGCUCGCCGACCACCGGAUCCGUUCAGUAGAGUAUUAGCAACAACGAGAUCCCUUCAGCAAAGCAGCAAUAGGAGAUCAAAGCAAAGGAAUAAUUGCAAAACAAAAAAAGAAUAAGAUUUUGGUUCCUCCUUCUUUCCUUCUUCACUCGGCACAGCCUAGUUAUUCAAGUUAGUUAUUCUGCUAACUUGAAGAUUCGUUAGUAUAUACUAACUAAUAUCCAAAAUGUAUGAACUAAUAUCCAAGUCUGCUAAGUAUCUAGAUAUAGCAUAGACUAGUAUUCAAAAUAUCACAAACUAGUAUCCAGAUAGCAGAUACCAACUAAUAUCCACAAUCACCCAACUAGUAUUCAAUAUGGAUACUCUUAUGAAUUAUCUUGAUACUCUUAUGUGUUAUCUGGAUACUAAUUAUGUGCUGUUUAGAUACUAUUUUGUGUUGCCUAGAUAUUAGUUUGUGAAUUUGGGAUAAUAGUUGAUUCAUGGUGGAUAUCAGUUAGCAAACUUUGAAUACUAGUUUGUGCUCUCUAGAUACUUUAGUACUUGGAUAUUAGUUCAUGUAUUUUGGAUAUCAGUUAGUAUAUGCUAACGAAUCUUCAAGUUAGCAGAUUAACUUUCCCCCCACUCGGCAGACCAGGGAUCCUUUCCGCUUGUUGAUUAGAUUCCUUUGAUGAGUAUUAAUUGAUUAAUCAAUAUGAAUUGAUGAGGCAUGCAAUUUUUUGCAGCAAUAUUCAUUGACCAGGUAUGUAUGAUAAGAACGCAUCGGAACGCCAUCCCUCUCCCUUCCCGGUUAUUCGUCUAACCGAUAUGUUAACCGUUAACUGGUAUACCAGUUAGCCGGUUAACCGAAUUUUACUCGGUAUCGGUUGGCGGUAGCAAAUUCAGACGUUUCGGUAUAUCGAUAACUGGUAACCGACCGAUUACCAGCCUUAUUAUCAACAUCAUGUUGAUAGUGAUAUCAUCUCUCUUUCCAUGGAAAAUGUUCCUACCUACCAAGGAAAGGCCAGAACUUUGGACGAAGUUACCUUAAUCUCCACCAAAUCGUCUUAGCCUUAAUUCCUAUAACUUUGUAGUUGUGUAAAGUUUGUUGAAAGCGCCUAAUCUUCUAUUUAUAUUAUCAUAUAGGGGGUUUUCCUUCAUAAACUUAGCCAAAAAAUUCAUUGUACGACUUGAACUCGGAUUCUUUGACUUGGAGAUGAAGUAAAAAGCUUUCAGACGGUUCAAGAGACAUAGGUCAGCGACGCUCACUUGGCGGUUAGAUUUGCCAUCGAUUUCUCUUGGGUUUGGGUUGUUUGGUCCACAAGAAAGCUUCUAGAUGAAUUUGGCCUUGAUUAGGCAUGUUCGAACUAGCAAUAGUGGGACGACCUAAAUUCUUGUCUCGUAACAGGCCUAAAGCAAAUGAUCAUAGUUAUCUUCAAAAUUUCAAUAAACAGAACUUUGUAUAUCUAAAAUUUUCUUACUUGGAUCUGGUUUCAUUAAUAUAAAAAUAAAAACAUCAACCUUGUAACACAAACUACUUCCAAAACCUAACUUUUGGAGUUAAGCUGAUUGAAAAUCCUCACAUUCUUUCCUCUCCUUUUUUUGGGUGAAAACUCCUCAUAUUCCAAUCAGCAAAAUUGGUUUUUGAGACCACUGAUUCUAAUAGGUUCCAUGACCUCGUUUAACGUCCUAUUUUGAAUGAAGUUUAGGGUAGGGUAGGUGGCUUAUCAGAAACAAAAACAAAAAAAAACUCCGUCUUCCAACUUGGAACCGGUCUUUCCACAACUUGAAACCGUCCAUAGAAUGAUAAAACACGCCUCCCCAUACUCUAUUCCUUCUUGUCCCAACCUACAAGGCCAAGUGUGACAUCUUAAGCUGUUUUCCUAGGAAACAACCUGAAAUAGGAAUGACAAUUAGGUAGGUUCGGGGCGGGUAUCUCGAUAUCCAUAUCUGUCAGAGGUCGGAUAAUUUAUCAUGGACCGCGGGUCGGGACAUGUCGACCCAAUGAAUAUAUAAUUUAUAUGAAAAACAUUAAAAAUAUUCGCUAUUUUCAUUAUAAGACCAAGAAAAAAAUCAUAACAAUACAAAAUAUAGUUAAAUUAUUGAAGAAAUUGAGGUUUUCAAUAGUUUACAACUUUGUAAUAGCUUAAAAUAUGAUGUAAUAAAAGAAAAAUGUUAAGUAAUUUGACUAAAAUUACAUGUAAUUUAGACAAAAACGAGUCGAGAAUGGGGCGGCGGGUCAGGACAGAACGGAUGGAUGAGAAUAUCCAUGCUCGGCCUGCCCGCCUACCGGACGGGUCAGACCCACUCCAAAGCAGGCAAAACGGAUCAGUCCGAAAAUGCCAUCCAUAAUUAAAAAAAAAAUGAAUGACAUGUUACCACACCAACAAUCUCUUUGACCAACCGGUAUUCUUUGGAAGAACCGGUGAUGCAAAGGCCAGAAAUAAAUAAAUAAUCAAAAUUAAAAAUAUGUGCGUCCACUGCUGCAGAUGAUAUUCUCAAUCUUCUCAACUAAUGCAGAGCCCGAUGUCAACGGUGAUUGGACCAUCAGGUAAGCUUGAUUAUGAGACGACCGCGAAACAGCGGAGAAUUCACCCGAAAAUAAAAAAAACAAAAAAAAACAGAGAGAGCAAGUUGUAGCCUUGUAGCGGCACGUGCCGGCCUGCCUCGCCCCCCGCGGGAAAGCUAAAAUCCAGCCGAAUCUGGGUUUGACCACGACCGCCAUCAUCACCAUCUAUCUUCCCCGCCUGGCACUCGCAGAGAAUCCAACGGCUGAUAUUUUAGAUCUCUUCCCGCCCGUCCGAUCUCCAUCCGACGGCGGAGAUUGAAUCUUGCUCCCUCCCUUCUGAUUCGUUCACACGCCAUAAAUGCCCGACUCCUCCUCCCAGUUCCCGAGAAACCCCCUCUCUUUCUAAAAUUCUCUCUCUACUCUCCGAAAACCAAAAAAAAGGAACACGAAGAAAACGAACCUCUCUUCUUCUCUUUUUCUACCUUUCUCUCUCUCUCUCUCUCUGUUCCACUGCCCACUCCGCCACUGCUUAACCUGCGCCCCCCUAUGUCGCCGGCGGCCACUGUUGCUCCGUCGAUCAUACGGAUCUCGCGAUACAGGAGUACGGACUAGGAGGGGAGUUUCUUUGAGAAAUUUAAGGCGUCCCUGCUGUCCCUCGAACCGUCGUCAUUCAUUUUCCACGAGAUGGGAAGCCAGGGGAAGCUCACGAGGAGCUCGUCGUCAUUUCUGAUCUCGUCGCCGACCGUUCGAUCGUCAAUCCACAGCCUCCACAGCCUGUCCUCGAUGGCGGAGGAGGACCUCACGACUCCGUUGAGACCGACGGCGGAGGAGGACGACGACGAUGACGAGGAGAAGAAGAAGAAGGGUGAUAAAGUGACGAGAGAAGAUCGGCGGCGGAAGCCUCACCGGUGCGGGUCGAGCGCCGCUCCGCGGCGGACCGGGUCGAGCCGGUUUACGCCGGUUCUGACCAUGUUCUCCAUCGCCUUCUUCUCUUUCUUCUCCUUCUCGUUUUUCUUCUUCUUCUAUUUGAGGAGGGAAGAGAUAUCCACCUCCGAGAAUUUGCUUUUGGGAUUGGUUAUCAUCGCCGUGACGCUCUUCUUCGCCAGCAAGAACAAGAGCUUGAUUAACCAGAAUUUGACGUUGAUCAAGCAAAUUUGGGACGACAGUGGGAGGCGAUUCAGCCUGUUCAGUUCCAGAACCAAGGCCAAGCAGCAGGUGAAGUGGUUCAUCGGCGAGCCAGAUUCGGCGACCAGCGCCAUGAAAACGCGCGAGGAGAAGAGGAUUAUUAGAGAAGGCGUGGAGUUCUACAGCAAUGGCGAUUACUACGAGGGCGAAUUCCACAAGGGCAAGUGCACCGGGAGCGGGGUUUACAAUUUCUUCGUCAAUGGGAGAUACGAAGGGGAUUGGAUCGAUGGGAGAUACGACGGGCAUGGAAUCGAGAGUUGGGCUAGAGGCAGUAGAUACAGAGGGCAGUACAGGCAAGGUCUGAGGCACGGCUAUGGAGUUUACAGAUUCUUCACCGGCGAUUCUUAUGCUGGAGAGUGGUGUAACGGGCAGAGCCAUGGAGUUGGAGUUCAGACUUGCGCUGAUGGUAGCUGCUAUGUUGGUGAAUUCAAGUGUGGUGUUAAGCACGGCCUCGGUGUCUACCAUUUCAGGAAUGGAGAUCGGUACGGUGGAGAAUACUUUGGAGACAAGAUCCAUGGUUUCGGUGUUUACCAUUUCGCGAAUGGCCAUUGCUAUGAAGGGUCGUGGCAUGAAGGGAGGAAGCAAGGUUAUGGGAUGUACACUUUCAGGAAUGGUGAAAUGAGAUGUGGGGAAUGGGAUGGAGGGACCAUUAAGAUUCCCUUAUCUCCGCAAACUGAUGCAGUUCUGCGAGCCGUCCAGGCUGCUAGGAGAACAGCUGCGAAUGCAGUGAAAGUUCGAAGAGUGGACGAGCAAGUGAACCGCGCGGUCCAGACUGCAAACCGGGCAGCUACAGCAGCUAGAGUGGCUGCUGUGAAAGCGGUUCAGAACAGGAUGGAUGGCAAGUUUUGUGAUACUAAUGUUUAAGUAGGUUUAGCUAACUAGAGUCUUUGUCUGCAAUGGAUUGAAGAAGAAGAAGAUGAAGAAGAAUGACAUCAAAAGGAAGAAGAAAAAUGUAAAGUCUGUAUUUUUUUUUUUCCUUUUUGGGUUUCGGUUUUCUUACUCACUAAUUUGAUGUAAGCUAAGCUUGAAAACAUGUUGUGAAACACCCCGGUGAGCUGAAAAAAAAAAAAGAAGGAAAAAGAAGCUCGCCGGAGGUUGAGAAAAGUGAGUUCCCCUCUUUCGAUCACCCAAGUGUAAUCUGUACAUACCAACUAGCCGCCGUGUAUAUCAAGUCACUAAUUCAAGUGUAAGGAAUUUCGGAAUUUGGAGAUUGUUGUCGAACUACAAAUGGUUGUUUUCGAGAUUGCAGGAUGUGGGGGUUGUCAGAUUCACAACCACCUUUGUGGCCAUCGGAUACGUUCUUUCUCCUGUCUUUUUCUUCUUUUUUUAAAUUAAUGGUUAAGAUUAAA